AGUUGACACCUGUUUGUCGUUGCUUUCACGGCAAAAAAAAAAGUUUUUGUGGAAGCUUGUAACAGGUGACGAAAAGUGGGUUUAUUAUGAGAAUCCUAAACGUCGAAAACAUUUGGUGGAAUGAAUGGGGCGUGCUGUAUUAUGAGUUACUCAAACCACGAGAUACCAUUACUGGAGAACGCUACAGUUGUCAAUUGAAACAAUUAGUAGAUGAAAUCAGCGAAAAAAGACGAUUUGCGGGAGAAAAACAUCGACCAGUGAUACUGCAGCUUGAUAACACCAGGCCUCAUAGAAGUUCAAUUGUCCACCACACUAUAACUGAUUUAAAGUGGAAAGUUUUACCGUACGCGGUGGAUUUACUAGACAUUGCACCGUGCAGUUUCAUUUAUUAUGGUCGUUAAAAAAUUACUUAGCGGACAAACACUUACAAAAUGAAAAUGAAGUGCAAAAAAUAAUAGAUGAUUUCAUUUCGUCAAAAGAUAAAGCCUUUUAUCGCCGUGGGAUUCAUCAGUUGACAAAGGGUAGUAGAUGCUGAUGGUGGUUAUUUUGAUUAAGAUUUGUAUUUUAUUUAAAAUUUUUCAAUAUAUUUUUUUUGGCAAAAAACGGGUAGAACUUUUUUGUACCAUUAAUAAAAACGCCAAGCAUUGAGUGCUUAAUGUUCGUUUAUAAAUUUUAAACCCACCACAUUAAAUUAUCUGGAUAAUUUGUAUAUUGUCUUUUGUGAUUUCAUAGUCAUAGUGACAAAUUAUGUAUUCACAAUGAAUUUACGAUGCAGUUAGAAACAACUCUAGCCAUGAACCAAAUACAUCAUGCGUUAUCUGAAAAAAAAUGAAGUAAAUUGAUUAUUUUAUAUUUUUCAUCGCCGACAUCUUUCAAACUCAUCUACGGUUUUAGAGAUUUCAGGCGGCAUUGGACGCGGUUUUCGAGCCUCUAACGCUAAAAAGGGUUUCGAAUUCUUCAGUUUUACAAUUUUUGAGUUUAUUAGAAAAAAAAACUUUCAAUUGAUGUUUUUUUUUUACUAUGAAUUUACCGUGAGUUAUUCGUAUUUUCUCAAGAUAUAAACCAACUUUCUGCCAUAAAUUUUACAAUAUUUUUGAAAAAAUUUGUUGUCGACGUAUAUUAUCAAGCUCUAGAGGUGAAUAGAUCUUGGAAUCGUUGAUCGGUUUAGUCUCUUUAAAAUACAUUUUUAAAAUAACAUUAAAUAUUGCCUUGAAGCAGGAAAACAUGUGUUUAUGCAAUGAAGGCACACGGGAACAUAUACGUGUACCAUUCCAACAUUUUCGUAUUGAAGAAGGAGAAUAUCACUUAAUGCCAUGCUAACUCGCAAUAUCUCUGGUCAAUUCAACUAUACUUUAUAAUUCUUGAAACAUAUUUCGAUUGUUUUUUUUUUCUCAUUUAUUUUUGAUUAACUAUCGAUCAUUUGAUAACCUAAAUUUGUUUGUUAGUCAGUAAAUUUUUUAAAAUCAAGAAUACCUUUACUUGCUAUAUUUGAUUUAAUCUUUUUAUACACUUUUUUACUAUAACGUUUUUUAGACAAAAAAAAAUUUUUUUUGUUAUUUUGGUAAUGGAGAAACUAAGAUAUAAUCUAACUGCACAUGUUCCAAGAAGAAAUAAGCCAAUCAUCAUCUGAAGAAACAACGUUAAAAACACAAGGAUACAAAAUUAUAAAAAAACUUGGCGAAGGUUCAUUUGCUAAGGUGUUUCUUGCUGAAUAUAAACCAGAUGGUGAGUCUGACUCUAAAGUUAAUUUAGCCUGUAAAAUUGUAGAUACAUCAAAAGCACCAAAAGAUGUCGUACAAAAAUUUUUUCCGCGAGAACUAAAUAUUUUAAUGAAGCUUAAUCAUCCUCAUGUCGUUCAAGUUCACAGUAUAUUUCAGCGAAGUUCAAAAUAUUUUAUUUUUAUGCGAUUUGCUGAAAGUGGUGAUCUUUUAGAAUAUAUUAUGAAAAAUGGCUCAGUUGGAGAAAUUCAAGCUCGUAUUUGGCUACGUCAACUUACUUUGGGUUUACAAUAUUUACAUGAAAUGGAAAUUGCUCACCGUGACAUGAAAUGUGAAAAUGUUUUGUUGACUAUAAAUUUCAACGUUAAACUCGCAGAUUUUGGAUUCGCUCGUUACGUAACGGAUAUUCGUGGAAAACGAGUAUUGAGUGAUACUUAUUGUGGUUCCCUACUGUAUGCAGCACCAGAAAUACUUCGAGGCUCUCCGUAUAAUCCUAAGAUAGCUGAUAUUUGGUCACUUGGUGUAAUUUUGUAUAUCAUUCUAAAUAAAGCAAUGCCUUUUGAUGAUACAAAUUUGACUCGAUUAUACACGCUGCAGACGAACCGUCGUUGGAAAUUCCAACAGAAAGUUGUUGAUCAACUUAGUGACGAAGUUAAAAAAUUAAUUGUAUGUCUACUCGAGCCUGAUACUGCAAAAAGAUGGCAAGUUAAUCAAAUUGUUCAAUGUAGUUGGAUUGCAAUGGACCCGCAAUUAGUUGUACUUAAACCUACGGAACAAGAUGCGCUAAAUAGUGCUAUUGAUAAUCGGAAAAAGAAUGCAGAAAAAAUGAAAAGAAAAAAAACGGUCUUAUAUGCAUCUGGUCAAAAUGACAAAGAAGACAUAACAAACGUUGGAGCAGACAUAGGAAAUAUAAAAGUGAUUAAAAAAGCUGGUGAAACUCGAUUUAUUUCAUCGGUCGUGGAAAGUAAUAUUCCAAAUUUUUAUCCAAUAACUACUGAACAAUAAUAUUUUCUGUUCGAAUGCUUAUUUUGAACAUUAAAUGUUCUUUUAUAACUCAAAAAAAAAUUUUCAAGUGUAAUAUUAUAUUUUAGAAAUAUAUUUUUUUUUGUUUUAUCAAGAACGAAUAGUAACAUGUAAAACUCGUAUGUGUAAUUUUUAUGAAAAUUAAUUACAUACUUGAAAUCCUUCAUUCAAACUCUGAUUCAUUAUUUUAUUAUGAUAUAUAUUUUUUGUACAUCUUUCAGU